AUGUUGUUCAUGACUGUAUCACCAUUCCUUAAUUCAGCUUUCGACCUCACCACCGUAACCUUCAUCUCAUCCCUCAUUAUUCUCUCCGUUUUAUCCCUCUGUUUCAUUUUCCACCUCCGUUUCAAAUCCAAAGCACUACCUUAUUUACAAGGCUUCAAUUCUCUCUGGACCGUUAGAUUCCUCCUCGUUCUUUUCAUUUUUCUCUGGUCCAUUGUCGAACUCCUCCGGUUACCGUUCUUCCGUAGAAAAUAUUUGUAUCCGUUUUUUCCCUCCCUUGAUAUUUAUCAACAAGCUAACCUCUGCAAAAUUCACGUUGUUCUCUCCCUUGGAUUCUUCGAACCGGCUUUUCUCGUAACGCUACUUUUUCUCCUCAACGCUUCCAUUAGAAAGAAAACGCCAAACGACGGUUGGGCAAUAACAUUCGUGUUCCUCACGUGUUUACCUCUUGUCGUUCUUCACGGAUUAAUUGUUUAUUUCAAUCCGUUGGAGAAUCGGAUUCCGGGGCUUUUACGUCAAACUUCGGUGGUUCUAGAAGACGACACCGUUCUCUGUGCUUACCCGUUCUUAAACAGCGUCGUUUUUGCUGCGUUUGGUGCUGCGUAUUGUGCGUGGUUUUUGUUCUCGUGUUGGAGGGUUUUGUCUUUGGUGAUUAACAAAGGGCUUCGGUUAAGGAUUUACGGUUUGGGUUCGGUUGUCUUGGUGGCUUUGCCUCUUCAGGUUGUAUCGCUCGCUUUCACGGUUCUUUGGAAUCCCGAAGAUGACUUUUACGGCGUCGUUUCCCUCUUGGUUUUCCUUGGUGCUUUCUGUUGUGCUGUUACCGGGGAGGGUAUUUUGGUAAUUAAGCCUAUUUCGGAUGCAUUGGAUGCUGGUGGGAGUUGUUGCAGGUGGACCCCACGUCAUGAUGAGUCACCGCUGCAGCAAGGGAGGAAGAUGGAUGAUGACGAGGAGGAGGAGGAGGAGGAGGAGGAGCGAGUCGCCUUUGGAGAUUUAGAAGGGGGUAAGUUGUGA